AUGCUGGGUUCAGAUGAUUUCUUCUACGUGGGUGGGAGCCCGAGCACAGCAGACCUACCAGGAUCUCCAGUCAGCAACAAUUUCAUGGGCUGUCUAAGAGAGGUGGUGUACAAGAACAAUGACAUCCGCCUGGAACUGUCUCGCCUGGCUCGCAUCGUGGACCCCAAAAUGAAACUUCAGGGGGACAUCGUCUUCAAGUGUGAGAACGUGCCCACCCUGGACCCCAUCAGCUUCGAGAGCCCAGAAUCCGCACUGUCUCUUCCCAAGUGGAACACCAAAAGAGUGGGCUCCAUCUCCUUUGACUUUCGUACCUCCGAACCCAACGGACUCAUCCUCUUCACCCAGGGAAAGGCUCAGGACAGAAGGGACGCCAAGGGACAGAAGAAUACAAAGGUGGACUUCUUCGCCGUAGAGUUGCUGGAUGGAGGGCUGUAUCUGCUGCUGGACAUGGGCUCUGGGACGAUCAAAGUCAAAGCGACGCAGGCCAAGGUCAACGAUGGGAACUGGCACCACGUGGACAUCCAGAGAGACGGGAGAUCAGGCAUUAUUUCUGUAAACAGCCGACGCACGCCCUUCACCGCCUCGGGGGAGAACGAGAUCCUGGACCUGGAGGGAGAUCUCUAUCUGGGCGGUUUACCCGAUAACCGCGUGGGCCUGGUACUCCCGACCGAACUGUGGACCGCCAUGCUCAACUACGGCUACGUGGGCUGCAUCCGAGAUCUGUUCAUCGACGGACGCAGCAAGGACAUCCGCCAGAUCGCCCAAUCGCAGAACGUGACGGGAAUCAAACCUACCUGCACCAAAGUGAGCGGAAAACUGUGCGAUAGUAACCCAUGCAAGAACAACGGACAGUGUAAAGAAGGCUGGAAUCGCUACGUGUGUGACUGCACCGGGACCGGCUACUGGGACAGCACUUGUGAGAAAGAGUCUUCUACCCUGUCCUUUGAUGGGAGCAUGUACAUGAAGGUGGUGAUUCCUCAUGUGAUGCACACGGAGGCGGAGGACGUCUCCCUUCGCUUCAUGUCCCAGCGUGCCUUUGGGCUCCUCAUGGCCGCCACGUCCCGGGACUCUGCCGACACUCUGCGGCUGGAGCUGGACAGUGGGCGGGUCAAACUCACCGUCAACCUGGACUGUGUCAGGAUAAACUGUAACUCCAGCAAAGGCCCUGAGGUGCUUUAUGCCGGACACAAGCUCAACGAUAAUGAGUGGCACUCUGUGAGGGUGCUGCGCCGAGGCAAGAACUUCAAACUCACCGUGGAUGAAGACAUGGCAGAAGGUCAAAUGGCGGGUGAUCACACUCGUCUGGAGUUCAACAAUGUGGAGUUAGGAAUCCUGACAGAAAAGCGUUUUGUCUCGACUACUCCUUCUCCUUUCAUCGGACAUCUUCAGAGCCUGAAGUUCAACGGUAUGCAGUACAUCGAUAUGUGUAAAAACGGAGACAUAGACUUCUGUGAACUCAACGCACGCUUCGGCAUGCGCUCCAUCAUCGCUGACCCCGUGACCUUUAAGUCCAAGAACAGUUACCUGGGCCUGGCCACGCUCCAGGCCUACACCACCAUGCACCUCUUCUUCCAGUUCAAAACCACCUCCUCCGACGGGUUCAUCAUCUUCAACAGCGGAGACGGAAAUGACUUCAUUGCUGUGGAGCUGGUCAAAGGUUUCAUCCACUACGUGUUUGACCUGGGCAACGGUCCGAGUCUGCUCAAGGGGAACAGCGACAGCCCCCUCAACGACAACCAAUGGCACAAUGUAGUCAUCACCAGAGACGCCUCCAACACCCACACGCUCAAAGUGGACGCCAAAUCUGUCACUCAGAACGUCAACGGGGCCAAGAACCUCGACCUCAAAGGUGAUUUGUUCAUUGGAGGACUGGGACCCAACAUGUACCUCAACCUGCCCAAGCUGGUGGUGUCUCGUGAGGGCUUCCAGGGCUGUCUGGCCUCGGUCGAUCUGAACGGGAGACUGCCAGACCUGAUCAAUGACGCCCUUUUCCGCAGCGGGCAGAUCGAGAGGGGCUGUGAAGGGCCUAGUACCACGUGCCAGGAGGACUCUUGUGCCAACAUGGGCGUGUGCAUCCAGCAGUGGGAGAACUUCACCUGUGACUGCACCAUGACCUCCUACACGGGCACACACUGCAAUGACCCUGGCACCACCUACAUCUUCGGAAAGGGCGGGGGUCUCAUCACCUACACGUGGCCGAACAACGAGAGACCGAGCACGCGAACGGACCGCCUCGCCGUGGGUUUCAGCACCACCAUCAAAGACGGUAUCCUGGUACGCAUAGACUCCGCCCCCCGCCUCGGAGACUACAUCAUGCUGCACAUUGAACAAGGCAAAGUGGGCGUGACCUUCAACAUCGGCACAGUGGACAUCAGCGUGAGGGAGGACAUUGCAGUGAAUGAUGGGAAAUACCACCUGGUGCGAUUCACCAGGAACGGAGGAAACGCCACUCUGCAGGUUGACAACUGGCCCGUUAAUGAGCACUUCCCCUCAGGCCGACAGCUGACAAUCUUCAACACCCAAGCCACUAUCUCCAUCGGGGGCAAUGACAGGAAGAGGCCCUACCAGGGUCAGCUCUCAGGCCUCUACUACAACGGCCUCAAGGUCCUCAACAUGGCUGCCGAGGGACACGUCAACAUCAAGGUGAACGGGAGCGUGCGACUGGUGGGAGACGUGCCCACGAGCAAGGGAGCAGCUCGGACCACAACUUCAGUGCCCCCCGAAAUGUCCACCACCUUCAUAGAGACGACAACUACACUGUCCACUACCACCACGAGGAAACAGCGCUCUCCACCCACUAUUCAGCCUACGACAGAUGACAUUGUCUCUUCAGCGGAGUGUUCAAGCGACGACGAGGACCUGGAGGAGUGCGAUUCUGCCGCGGCGUUGCCCACCGUGCCUGGCAUCGUCCGGCGCGUCCCUCCUGGAGCCUCCGAGGUGAUCCGGGAGUCCAGCAGCACCACGGGCAUGGUGGUGGGCAUCGUAUCCGCCGCCGCCCUCUGCAUCCUUAUCUUACUCUACGCCAUGUACAAGUAUAGGAACAGAGACGAGGGUUCCUACCAGGUGGACGAAACCCGCAACUACAUCAGCAACUCGGCGCAAACCAACGGCGCUGUGGUGAAAGAGAAAGCACCCAGCGGCAGCGCCAAAGCAAGCGGGAGUAGCAAGAGACCGAAAGACAAGGACAAGGAAUAUUAUGUAUAGAAAAUUUAGUCAUUUACAACACACAAAAACUGGAGAUAAAUAAACUUUUUAGACAGUACCAUAUUGGCAACUGUGAUUAAAAAAGAAAGACAUCUCCUGAACUGGACUAAAAAGAACUCUGGUGUUCCUGGAAGCACACUAUUGUAUCCAUUACGGACAAAUAAACGCAGUGAAAAUCUAGCGGGGCUCAAAAGGACUUUUUUAAGGAGUCCCCCUCUGAAGACAUUUAGUAGUGUGAAUAAAAACAUCACUGUUGACAUCCACGCAACCCUCUUAACGUGACUGUAGGGGGCGCCACCCUCGGAGUUCUGAAAACAACCUUGUCCAUUGUUAACCCUGUAAAAUACGACCAGUGUCAU